GCAAGACGGAAAGCAAAGAUGCUUUUUACUUUGUCGGGAUGUUUCGCAUCACCAACAUCGAGUUUCUUCCUGAAUACCGGCAGAAGGAGUCCAGGGAAUUUCUGUCAGUGGCACGGACUGUACAACAAGUGGUGAACCUGGUUUAUACAACAUCUGCCUUCUCCAAAUUUUACAAGCAGUCUGUCAUUGCAGAUGUCAGUAACAACAAAGGUGGCCUCCUUGUCCACUUUUGGAUUGUGUUUGUCAUGCCACAUGCUAAGGGCCAUAUCUUCUGUGAGGACUGUGUGGCUGCCAUCUUGAAGGACUCCAUCCAGACGAGCAUCGUAAACCGGACCUCUGUGGGAAGCUUGCAGGGCCUGGCCGUGGACAUGGACUCUGUGGUACUAAAUGAAGUGCUGGGACCAUGUCUCAUUGUCUGGGGUUGGCUGACAUUCUCACUCCUGAACCAACUUCUUUGGCUCUGAUUGGUCAGUCCAAGUCAUGUGCCCACCUCUGCACCUGGGACAAAGGCUGCUCUCAGUAUUUGUAUGCAGAUCACCUGUCUCUUCGCUACCCUCUGGAGAUUUCUGCGACCUCAGGGAGGCUCGUGUGCCACUUCAAGCUGGUGGCCAUCGUGGGCUAUCUGAUCCGUCUGUCGAUAGAGUCUGUCCAGAUCGAAGCCGACAACUGUGUCACCGACUCCCUGACCAUUUAUGACUCCCUCUUGCCAAUCCGGAGCACUGUCUUGUAUAGAAUGUGUGAACCCACAAGAACAUUAAUGUCAUUUGUUUCUACGAAUAAUCUCAUGUUGGUGACAUUUAAGUCUCCGCAGGUACGGAGACUAUCAGGAAUCCGGGCAUAUUUCGAGGUCAUUCCAGAACAAAAGUGUGAAAACACAGUGUUGGUCAAAGAAAUCACUGGCUUUGAAGGGAAAAUUUCAAGUCCAUAUUACCCAAGCUACUAUCCUCCAAAAUGCAAGUGUACAUGGAAAUUUCAGACUCCCUUAUCAACUCUUGGCAUAGCACUGAAAUUCCAUAACUACUCAAUAACCAAAAAGAGUGCAAAAGGUUGUGACCACGGAUGGUGGGAGAUUAAUGAGCACAUGUAUUGUGGCUCUUACAUGGAUCAUCAGACUAUUUUCCGAGUGCCCAGCCCCCUUGUUCACAUUCAGCUUCGGUGCAGUUCAAGGCUCUCAGACAAGCCACUUCUCGUGGAAUAUGGCAGUUACAACAUCAGUCAACCCUGUCCUGUUGGAUCUUUUAGAUGCUACUCUGGCCUGUGUGUCCCUCAGGCCCAGCGGUGUGAUGGCGUUAAUGACUGCUUCGACGAAAGUGAUGAACUUUUCUGUGCGAUUCUUAAACCUGCCUGCAACGUCAGCUCCACCAGGCAGCUCGGCCCUCUGGUCUGCGACGGCUUCAGGGACUGUGAGGACGGCCAGGACGAGCAGAACUGCACUCAAAGCAUUCCAUGCAACAACAGAACUUUUAAGUGUGGCAAUGAUAUUUGCUUUCGGAAACAAAACGCAAAAUGUGACGGGACUGUGGACUGCCCAGAUGGAAGCGACGAAGAGGGCUGCAGCUGCAGCCGGAGUUCCUCCACCCUCCACCGCAUCAUCGGAGGCACCGACACGCUGGAAGGGGGGUGGCCGUGGCAAGUGAGCCUCCACUUCAUUGGAUCUGCCUACUGUGGAGCCUCAGUCAUCUCCAGAGAGUGGCUUCUUUCUGCGGCCCACUGUUUCCAUGGAAACAGGCUGUCCGACCCCACGCCAUGGACCGCUCACCUCGGGAUGUAUGUGCAGGGGAAUGCCAAGUUCGUCUCCCCCGUAAGAAGAAUUGUGGUCCACGAGUACUAUAACAGCCAGACCUUCGACUAUGACAUUGCCUUGCUGCAGCUCAGCAUCGCCUGGCCAGAGACCCUGAAGCAGCUCAUUCAGCCAAUAUGCAUCCCUCCCGCUGGCCAGAAAGUGCGCAGUGGGGAAAAGUGCUGGGUAACUGGCUGGGGGCGAAGGCACGAAGCAGACAAUAAAGGCUCCCCUGUUUUGCAACAAGCAGAGGUAGAGCUCAUUGACCAAACCCUCUGUGUUUCCACCUAUGGGAUCAUCACUUCGCGGAUGCUCUGUGCAGGCGUCCUGUCAGGCAAGAGAGAUGCUUGCAGAGGAGAUUCGGGUGGACCUUUAUCCUGUCGAAGACAAAGUGAUGGGAAGUGGAUUUUGACUGGCAUCGUUAGCUGGGGACAUGGAUGUGGAAGACCAAACUUUCCUGGUGUUUACACAAGGGUGUCAAAUUUUGUUUCCUGGAUUCAUAAAUAUGUCCCUUCUCUUUUGUAAUGGUACAAGUUGGAUUUUUGACUAUAAUUCAUGUGAUGGAUUAUUUUUAAAAGAAUGCAGUAAUU